AUGCGCGUGCUGCAUCUGACGCGCCUGCUCCCCUUCGCGGGUAUGCUUCCCCUCGCGGACGCGCGCGCGUCGUUCUACGCGCCGCACGAGAAGCGCGAAACUCAGCUUCACGCGCGACAGAGUCCGGUUGAUCAUGGUGGCGAGUAUGUACCGUCGCCGGGGUCAAUCGGGUUCUACCAUGGCGAGAGCAAUGCGUCGGUCACCUUUGACCAGCAUUCGGUGUUCUUGGGUGACAAGCGCGUCAUGCUCUUCUCUGGCGAGUUCCACCCUUUCCGUCUCCCUGUGCCGGAGCUAUGGGUAGACGUGCUGCAGAAGUGCGUAGUCUCGCUGAACUUGCCCUGGUUCAAGGCAGCGGGUCUCAAUACCGUCUCAGUGUACUGGCACUGGGGAUUGGUCUCUCCCAACGCUGACACUGUCCGCUUCACGGAGCACAACGACUUGGCCAAGUUUCUGGACAUAGCGAAGGAGGUUGGCGUGCUUGUCGUCCUUCGUCCUGGCCCGUACAUCAAUGCUGAGUCUGCUGGAGGUGGCAUCCCCAGCUGGACGACGAACAUUCCCGACCUUGCGCGGACCAAUGCGACGGGCUACCGAGAUGCUUGGUAUCCCUACAUCUCCGAGUUCGCGAGCAUCGCAGCUCCGUAUCAGUAUCCUGACGGCCCCGUUGUCGCCAUCCAGAGCGAGAACGAGUACUACACCGACGAGGGCCUCGGGAUCCCCGGCCUCAGCGCGCACAUGCAGGACCUCCAGAACGUCUUCCGCGAGUCCGGCCUCCACCAGGUGCCCACCAUCCACAACGACAAGAACGCGGGCGGCCAGUUCGCCAAGGCCGGCCCGGGCAAGGUCGACCUGUACGGCUGGGACGGGUACCCACUGGGCUUCGACUGCGAUAAGCCGGAGGUGUGGCUAGAGCUUUCUGGGAAAACGGACGCGAACCACCAGUCGCUGAACCCGGCUGAGCCGCUUGCGUUGUUUGAGUGGCAAGGUGGCGCAUUCUCCUACUGGUCAGGCCCCGGGUACGAUCAGUGCUACCAGCUCAUUAAUGAGCAGUUCGCCAAUGUCUUCUACAAAGACAAUUACGCGGCUGGCACGGCCAUUCAGAACUUGUACAUGACUUACGGCGGCACGAACUGGGGCAACAUGCACACCCAUACGAUCUACUCAAGUUACGACUACGGUGCUGCCAUAGCUGAGGACCGCACGCUUACGCCCAAAUACUCCGAGCUGAAGAUGCAGGGCUACUUCCUGCACUCUUCGCCUGACUACCUCGUGGCUGUCCGCAUCGGCAACGGCACGACGACCAACGGCACCGCCUACAGCGACUCCCCCGAUAUCUUCACCACGCACCUCAACUCCCCCGAGACGAACGCGAACUUCUACUUCGUGCGCCAGGUCACGAACGCGAAGACGAACGACACCGACUUUACGCUGCGAGUGAACACGACGCUCGAGGGCGAGAUUACGAUCCCGAAGAACGGGACCUCGACCUUGGCGGGAAGGGAAUCGAAGAUCCUGGUGACGAACUAUCCAUUCGGAGUCAGCAAGGUGGAGUAUUCGACAGCGGAGGUCUUGACGUGGCUUACCUUGGACGAUACCGACAUCCUUGUCACGUAUGCCCUUCCGGGCCAGUACGUUGAAAUCGCCGUUGAGACCAACUCCACCGAUACCGUCAACGUCGCCGGCUCCGAUUCCAUCUCCGCAUCCCCUGCGAACGGCACCGUGCUCAUCUCCGGCAGCCCGAGUGGCGUCUCCGUCAUUAGCUUUGGAAACACCACCGUCCUCGUCGUCGACAAGUACACCGCGAGGGGCUUCUGGGCGCCCCGGCUGAACGCUGCCGCAAACAGUACCGACGUGUACGACCAGUCGCCGGACAUCCCCGCCGUCCUCGUCGCGGGGCCUUACCUCGUGCGCUCCGCCGCCAUCGACGGGAGCACGCUCGCCCUCACGGGCGACCUCAACGCGACGACGCCGCUCCAAGUGUGGGCCCCGAGCUCGGUCGACACGCUGACCUGGAACGGCGAGCCCGUCGAGGCGUCGAAGUCCGAUGAGACGGGUGCGCUUGAGGCCUCGUUGGCGCUUCCUGUGUCGCUGGAGAACAUCGAAAUUCCGGUCCUGCAAGACCUCGAGUGGGUGUGCGCGGACUCGCUCCCGGAGCUGGCGGACGACUACGACGAUAGUGCGUGGACGACUGCGAACAAGACGGAGACGGCGCGCCCGCAGCAGCCGUUCUCGGGCGAGAAUGUCUUGUAUGGUGCUGAGUAUGGCUACCACGCUGGUGACUGGGUCUGGCGCGGGCACUUCUCCGGCAAUGCGACUGGUGUUGAACUCGAGGUUCAAUGCGGCUACUCUUGCGCAUUCACCGCCUUCGUCAACUCGCACUUCCUCGGCUCCGCGCAGGGCACCUCGCACAGCCAGCAAGGUGUUGACAUCCUGAACCAAACCUUCACGUUCAGCGCAGAUCAGCUGCGCGAUGGUGACAAUGUCCUCACCGUCAUCCACGACUCCACAGGAAUGAACCAGGACUACGACAUCGACGAUGAGCACAAGUCUCCGCGCGGCAUCCGCGGGUACAAGCUUCUUUCUUCGGAUAACUCUACUCAGUUCACGGAGUGGAAGGUCGCUGGAAACAUCGGCGGUGAAAACGCCCCUGACUAUGUUCGCGGCCCUUACAACGAGGGUGGAUGGUGGUUCGAACGUGUUGGUGCCCACCUCCCCGGCUACGAUGCCUCGUCCUGGAAGCAGUCGUGCUCGCCAUACGAGGGGUCAUCGUCCGCCGGCGUGACAGCGUACCGCACGACCUUUGACCUCAACCUUCCCAAAGAUGCCGACAUCCCUCUUGCCUUCGACUUCUCCCUGGACUCCCAGAAUCCGUACCGCACUCUGAUCUUCGUCAACGGCUGGCAGUUCGGCAGGUUCCUGUCCUCCCUAGGCCCUCAGGAGAGCUACCCGAUCCCCGAAGGCAUCCUGAACCACCGCGGCACGAAUGAAAUUCUACUCACUCUGUGGGCUACCAACUCAACUGGUGCAAAGUUCUCCAAGCUGGAACUCAACCCGCGAGCCACGCUUGCUUCCAGCAAGCAGACAACGCUCGACAUUGUGGCAGCCCCGGAUUGGAACGAGCUGCGCGGCAACGCAACUGUGUUUUGA